UGGAUCCAGCCUUAACUCAAGUCGAGAUGAUACAUUCCAACUUGGCCUAAUGGAAGCAAUGAUAACAUUGACUGCAAAGGUUGGAAGUAUUGACACAGUCAUUGUUGAGAAGGUGUUGACUGCAGUAGACGCAUCUGUAGAUGAAAAAGUAAAUGCAAGGAUUGGUGAAGCCGUGCUGGUAUUUACACAGAAAAUCUCCACUUUACAAGAAGAGAUUGCUCAACUUAGAGAGCAAAUGCAAGCUACUGUCCCUAAAAAUGAUGCACAUUACAAUGUGAACCAUGAAGAUGAAGUCAACAGCAACGACCCGUCAUGGAUGGUCCAAGACAAAGCCUCAUCACAAAUGGAUGCGGCAAUACAAUGUGUGGUUAGAAAGAAAGCCAAAAAAUCCGAGGUCAAGCUAACAUCUCCAAUUCUACUUGACACUGGUGGUGAGAAGGUUGUUGGAACAACACAAGUAAAAAAACCAGCUAGAGGAUUGAAAAAUGUAAAGAAGGAGAAGGUUGAAGUUCCACAACUUAGGGAUUCUGGUGGAACAUGGUCUGAUUCAGAAGACAAGCAAAAAUAUGGUAAUCUAGGUGCCACAUUAGACCAGUUGGCGGCAGUCUUGGAUGGACCUUUGCAAAAAUGCAAGACACAGCUGACAAAGACCCAAGUGUAUCCAUAUGUAGGUAACUCAACUGUCAAAGGGAUCAUAAAAGGUGAUGUCUCUAAAGCCUGCUAUGAUCCCUUAGCUAAAGUUGAUGAGACAAAAUUUAAGAAGCUACUGGAUUAUUUGCGAAGUCUUGAUGGUGAUAACGAUGUAGACACUAACUUCUAUAUAAAGCUAAUAACGCCAAGAAAUGUGUGGGAAAAAGAUCGUUUUGGGUGGCUGUCAGAUUCUCAUAUGGCAUCUGCAAUGCUUAUGUUUCAUAAAAGAGCUAUGAGGGACCCUUCACCGUACUCAGCAAAGAUAGCUUUUCUUGAGCACUGGUUUGUCAAGAUGUGGGUCAGAGACUACAAGAAAUAUGAUCCUAAAACGUGGAAGUUCUCAGAUACUUACAAGAAGGUGUUCAAUGGCAAUCACCCUACAGAGUUUUCCAACAACAGAAAGUGGCUGAAGGAUGUGGAUCGGUUGUUUCUUUGCCACUUGAUAAAUGGUGACCAUUGGGUCGCUUUAGAAGUGGAUCUUGACAAGAAAAUAAUCCAUGUUUACGAUAGCAUACAGACAGUUGUCCCAAGCCACACGGAUCUUCUAGAAGAGUGUCGUCCUUUCACGAAGAUGAUUCCUUUAUUGUUGAAAGAAAUGGUUCCAGAAAGGAAGAGUUCACAGCAGUUCAGGAUUUCAAGACUUAAAAAUGUUCCGCAUAAUGAAGAGCCUGGUGAUUGUGGUGUUUACGCUCUGAAGUAUAUAGAGUGUAAGGCGAUUGGCUGUGGUUUUGAAGGACUUUCUGAUCAGUGCAUUCUGGCAAUGCGUAUUAAGUUAGCUGCUGAGAUCUAUGAUGAGGUUUUGGGUCUGUAGUAUUUUAAGUUUCUGAUAUGAUAUUCUAUGUUUUGAACGUUAUGGAUAUGUAGUAUUUUCAUUUUUCGGAUGUGUAACAUUUUUAUGGUUUGGUUUGGUUUUGAAAUCAAUAUUUCGAGAAGUUAUGAUAGUCUAGAGAUGUGGAAGGGUUGUGGAGACGUUGAUCAAACACGCUUCUGAAUUAGCUUCAAAACUGUGUUCUUUUGUGGCUUUUUUUUUUGUCAUCAAACCUUGUAACAAAUGUAUCUCAAGUCAAAAGACUUGGCAACAACCAAAGAAAACAACUGCCAAUAGGCAACAAAACCCAAACAAGAGAGAAUUAAAUAAUAAGAGAUUAAGAGUAUAUAGAGCUGAACAGCUCGUGUCUCAAUCUUCAAAGAACUCAAACGGACUCCGCGGCUUCCGUGAACAGGGAACGCAUCAGCCAUAAGAAUAAUAUUAUUAUUGAUGCAGGUCAAUACAUAAGUUGUGUCGUUGUCUGGUGGUAUUUGGGUGGUUUUUCGCCCAUCACUUCAUGGGUUCAAACCCAGCAGAGAGUGUUUUUAUUUUUUUGCAUUUGCUAAUUCAUUAAUGGCAUAAUGGUAAAUAAGUUCAUCUUCUUCAGAUCAAUUCUAGGGUCAUGAAGAUUGCAGAUUUUUGUGAUUUUUAGUUCAAAAUCGUGAAAGCAAGGUGAUAAACCAAGUUGUUUCACUUGACUUGAUCUCAAUUUGUCAAUUUUCUAUCGAUUUGAGGCUGGGUGAUCGAAUUAGUGGUUUUCUGGGAAAAAAAAAUUGGACUUUCAUGUAAAACAGAGUAAAACAGAGAACAAAUUGUCUAACCAGAAUCCAAUAAAAUAGAAGUUAAAUUGUCCAACAAAAAACAAUAGCAAAUUGUCUACCAAAAAACAAAU